AUGUCGGAGCAGUUGAAAGCGCAGUUUGAACAGGCUUUGCAGAAGUACAAGGAAAUAGAAAGCGGUGAGUGGUUCGGCGCUGUUCAGUUCGUUCUGUUAUUUUUACCCAAAUGUUUAGAUCGUGAGAAAUACAUUAGUGAUCGACAACAGCUCGAAAGUCAGUUGACAGAAAACACACUGGUUAAAUCAGAAUUCGACUACCUAGAUGAGGAUGCGAAAGUUUAUAAGUUGAUUGGAGCAUGCUUAAUACGACAGGAUAUAGCCGAGGCUCGGGUAAACGUCGAAAAGCGACUAGAAUACAUCACGGCUGAGAUAGAUGAAAGAUCGAAAGCUGUUUCAUGGAACAAGAUGUUCCAUUUGUAG